CACAAUUGUCUGCGGGUACCAGUGCUCAUCGAGCACUCGCUGCGCUAGCAGCAACAUCUCGCAAGCUCUUAUUCAUUGUUUCUGCAGCAGCCUUCGUGUAGUUAAAGCCGUAAAGUGAGUACAAUGCAACGUUUAACUCUACCUCUACUGACAAAGGGCGAGAAAAGGCAACGUGGCGACGAGAAUACGGGUCUUCGGCGUGUCCGCGGUGCAGUGUACGGUUCUUCCAGCGCCAUCGUCCUGUUUACUCAAUGGCCUGAAGUCUAUGGAUAGAGCAACAUAAAGGACGAAUUCUCGUGCUGAAGUGUCCUUUCGAGAACCAGGAGCAAUGAUGAAGAACUUACUGCUCACCGCAGCCACACUGGGAGCUGUUAUGUCUGCCGCAGCCCCCAAGUGCUGGCCCAAGGACUAUGGCUUUGGCAGCCCUGUGUGCGUGUGCAGCAUGACGUAUUGCGACUUCAUCGGUGACAUCGGACCUCUUCCGCGAAGAUCAGCGGUUGCCUUUGAGAGCACCAAGGCCGGCCUCCGAUUCGCUAAAACGGUCUUGUUCAUCAAAACAACAGAUCCGCCAGACAAGAACACAAUGGUGCUUGUUAUCAAUCCUGCAAUAACCUACCAGGAAAUCUUCGGUUUCGGAGGAGCUUUCACGGACGCUGUUGGGUUGAAUCUGAGAAGUCUCCCAAUAAAACUGCAAGACGCUCUUAUAAUGUCCUACUACUCCAGACAAGGCAUUGAAUACAGCAUCGGCAGGAUUCCGAUCGGCAGUAAUCACUUCUCUGUGCGCAAAUACUCGUACGAUAACUCCGCGGGAGACAUGGACCUCAGAAACUUCACUCUCGCAGAGGAAGAUUUGGAGCUAAAGAUCCCGUACAUCAGAACAGCAAUGUCUGUAUCGGAACAGCCCCUGUGGUUUUUCGGAAGCUCCUGGAGCAGCCCCGCCUGGAUGAAGUCCAGCAAGAAGAUAGUGGGACGAGGGCAUAUCAUCGGAGUUCCAGGUGGUCCCUUCUACAAAACCUGGGCAAAGUACUAUGUCAAGUUCUUGCAAGAGUACGAGAAACGAGGCGUUCCCAUCUGGGGUUUGACGGCGCAGAACGAGCCUACGUCCGGCUUCAUACCGCGCUAUCCCUGGCAGGCUUUGGGCUUCACACCACAGACUGAAAGAGACUUCAUCAAACUCGACCUGGGACCUGCGCUGGCCGACGCAGGUUACGGCGCGGGCAAGCUGAAACUAAUGAUGUUCGACGACAAUCGCCUCGGAAUUCGACUGUGGGCAAGAACUGUUCUGGGCGAUCCUGAGGCAGCCAAGUACGUGCAGGGAGUGGCUGUUCACGCGUACAGUGAUGGAUUAGUCGGUCCUGGUGUGUUGGACAAGGUCCACGCGAACUACCCGGACAAGUUUAUCCUGCCAACCGAGGCCUGCACUGGCUACAACAAGAAGAAGGGACGAGGUGUCAUGCUAGGAAGCUGGGAACGCGCUGAAGAGUACGCCGCCGACAUAAUUCAGAAUCUCAACCACUGGGCUAGCGGUUGGACGGACUGGAACCUAGCCUUAGAUACACAAGGAGGCCCCAACUGGGCUAAAGACUUCGUCGACUCGCCUAUCAUCGUGAACGCCACAGCAGAGGAGUUCUACAAACAGCCAAUGUACUAUGCUUUAGGCCACUUCAGUAAAUUCAUCCCAAGAGGCAGUGUCAAGGUGGACGCGCGUAUGAAGGAAGCUUCAGGAAACCUCGAGUACGCAGCUUUCAUGACGCCAGCAUCUGAAAUCGUUGUGAUCAUCCUCAACAAGGGCGACGAAUCUGUCAAGCUCAGAAUCAACGACGUGUUUGGCAUUGCCAGCAUCCAGUACAGCAUCUACGAACACUCGAUAACAACGUUUAUAUGGAAGAACGAGAAGCAGGCGAAAUUUGAGUCUGAUCUACAACGAAACUUCCAAAUAAACAAGACAAUAGGACAGUUUUUAUAGUUAAAGUAGAAA